AUGAAGCAGCGCGUAACACGAGGCGGUGGCUUGCCUGACGGCUUGCGCCCGGAGCAGCGAUCUACGCUCCUCGCCUUCCAACAACAGAUCGAUGUCGUCAAUGAGGCGGUGGUGGGUCUGGCCGGGCUGGUCGAGGAGUCGGAGCUCAAGCAGGGCAGCUGCGCGUUCGUCGCUGCCUACCUGCGCCCGUCCGUCCUCCAGCUCCAGCACUCCCUCGACGCCCUCCAGCGCAAGAACCUGCGCAAGGCCGACAAGGGCGCGGCGUGGGCGCUGAGGCCCAACGAGGGCUUCUUCGGCCGGCUCCCGGACUCCGUGAUCGGCCACAUCCUGUCCUACCUCCAGCCCAAGUCCCUCGUCGCCAUCCUCCGCUCCUCCAAGUAUUUCCACGACCGUUGGCGGGCGCUCCUGCCGAAGAAGGGCAGCAGUGGGUCGGAGGUCCUGCCGGACACCAAGGCCGAGAGUCCCCUGGGCCAAUGGCUCUCCGGUCUCGGCUUGCCGGUGGAGUACAGCAGCCUGCUCAUCUCCGACGGCUUCGAGGACAUCGACACGCUCCUCCUGGUGACCGACCAAGACCUCUUCAACGCCGGCAUCCGCAAGAGUGGGCACAGGCGGCGUAUGCUGUACACGCUCCGGGGCAUCAGGCGGGGCUUCUGGACGGCCUUCCCGGCCAACCAGCUCGUGCUCCCGCUGCCCGCCGACGUCAUCACCUCCAACGCCCUCGCCCACACCACCGAAGACGAAACCGACGACACGGUUGGAGAUGACGACGACAGGCGGUCGCUGACAGACAAGAAUGUCGAAGACGAGGAGGAUCUCAGCGAGGCGGUUGCCACCGACACCGAGAAGGACAGCGGAACGAAAGGCAAACCCAAGGUAGCCGAAUCACCCGACACCAAGGACAAAAAGAAGAAGGGAUCGAAGAAGGAGAAGACGUCGAAGAAGAGCAGCAGCCCCAGUCGUGGCGUCACCUUCGAGGGCUCGCAGCAGGCCAGCUCCGACAAGGCCAAGGAGGCCAAAGAAAAGACCGAUUCCAAAGCGUCGGCGAAGCAGGCCAAGCAGACGAACCCGAAGCCACCAAAGAUCGAUCCGCUGCCGGACAAGAUUGUCUCCGUCGAUUACUCGCGUCGCCAGCUGACCUCCGUCCCGCCCCAGGUCUGGCAGAGCACCGAUGCCACCAUCCUCAACAUGUACAUGAACAAGCUCGAGUCGAUUCCGCCGGACAUUGGGCACCUGAAGGGUCUCACGGCCCUGGGCCUCAACGAAAACAACCUCAAGAAGCUCCCGCCCGAGAUCGGCAACCUCACCCGCCUCCGAAUACUCGACCUGCGGUACAACAAGCUGCGAACCGUGCCGGCCAACAUCAAGCACCUCACCCAGCUCUCCAAACUGUUCCUGCGCUUCAAUCGCUUGGUCGAGCUCCCCGAAGAAAUCGGCUCCCUCCAAUCCCUCGAAAUCCUCAGUGUGCGUAACAACCAGUUGACGUCGCUGCCGCGUUCGCUGGACCUGGCGACCAACCUCAAGGUGUUGGACGUGAGCACCAACAAGCUGCAGUUCCUCAACUGCAAUCUGUCGCCCCUCAUCUUUUUGAAAGAAUUAGAUUGUAAACAGAACAUGUUGUCUGUGUUGCCCACGGGCUGGUCCACCCUCUCCAACCUCACCCGCGUCGACCUCUCCCACAACCAGUUCGCGCAAUUCCCUCCGGCGCUGGCCGAACUGCCGAGCCUGGCCGAGCUCGACAUGGAGGGCAACCAGUUGACCAGCCUGGUCGACAUCGGCCAGCUGACCGCGCUCGAGCGCCUCUACCUCAACUCCAACCGGCUCGUCACCCUGCCCCCGUCCAUGGGCAAACUGCGGUCGCUCAAGUACCUCCAGCUCCGCGCCAACCAACUCACCUCUCUCCCCGAAGGCACGUCCUGUGUCAUGGCGGGGCUGGAGCUGAGGGAGGCGGACCUGUCGAGCAACAACUUCAGCGAGAUGCCGGAGGCGAUCCUCGUGAGCACCCUCCAGAACCUGUCCAUCACCGACAACGUCAUGACCAAGCUCCCGCCCACCAUCACCCGCCUCCAAUCCCUCAAGACCUGCAACCUGGAGGGCAACCAGCUCGAAAGUCUCGACCCCGGUGUUGCGCUCCUCACCAACCUCGUGCACCUCCGCCUGGGCUACAACGAAAUCAGCACGAUUCCCGACGAGGUGUCGAGGAUGUCGAGCCUCCAAGAAUUGGACCUGGAACACAAUCGACUCGAGUCGCUGCCCCAGACCAUCGGCGGCAUGCUCGCCCUCUCCCUCCUCGUCCUCAACGACAAUUUGCUGGACGAUUUGCCGAAUGAGCUGGUGUUGCUGGACAAGCUCACGGAGCUCAAGGUCGAUGGCAACCCCAUGAAGAACAUCCCCGAUGCCGACCAGGGCGGCAAUGCCGUCUUCCACUUCCUCCUCAAGCGAUACAAAGCGGCGAAGAAGGCGGGCAAGAAGACGACAGCCAAAUGA